AUGGUCGAUAAUCCAGCAUUGGCAUCUCAAGGCGCCAUCAUAGAGGCUGCCAGAACCUCUCCAUACUAUCUUCAUCCUUCGGAUAAUCCGGGGGCUCUUAUCACCUCUGUUUUACUUAAAGGAGAUAACUAUACUGAGUGGGCUACGGAAUUAUCAAAUUCAAUCCAAGCAAAACAAAAGCUAGGCUUUAUCAAUGGUACCAUCGCAAAACCGACGACGGAACCAGACCUUACUCGCUGGUUGGCAACAAAUUCCAUGCUGGUAGGAUGGAUUCGAACCUCCAUCGAUCCAAAGAUAAGAUCAACCGUGAUGUUUGUCCCUGAGGCUCACAAAUUAUGGGAAAACCUACAACGCCGCUUCUCUGUCAAAAACGGCGUACGUAUACAUCAAGUCCGAGAUUCUAUCAACACAUGUCAACAGACUGGACAGAGUGUUAUCGAAUACUAUGGUCGCUUGACUAAACUCUGGGAGGAACUUGAUAAUUUAACGACAACGCGAGCGUGUACUUGUGAAGCAGCGACAGAUAUAGAAAAAGAAAGAGACGAAAUCCGAGUACACAAAUUUCUGUUUGGCCUUGAUGAAUCACGUUUCCGCAACAUACGCUCACAAAUAAUAGACGAGGAUCCGUUACCAGAUAUCAACAAAGUUUAUUCUCGCGUGAUCAGAGAAGAACAGCACAACAACUCCCGACCUGCAGAGACAAAAACAGAGGCCAUUGGAUUCUCUGCUCAAACGGAUUUAACUUCAUCAUCUUCAUCAAAACCAGAUCCUCUCCAGGCUGCAGUGGUUCGCAGUCGUGAUCCUAACAGAGUAUGUACUCAUUGCUCUCGUACCGGUCAUGAGAAAUCAGAAUGGUUUCUGUUACAUGGUUUCCCGGAGUGGUGGAAUGAGCAACCAAGGAACAACUCAGGUGGAGGAUCAUAUACUCAGCGAGGUCGUGGAGGACGCUUUUCUAACAAUCGAGGUCGUGGGGGUCGUUCCAAUACAACUCGAGCAACAACCAAUAAUGCAACAUCAUCAACCAUCAACAACGAUCAGAUCGCUCAGAUCAUUCAGCUGUUGCAGUCCUCUCGUUCGAACAUAUCAUCUGAAAGAUUGGCUGGUAAAACAAAAUUUUCUGAUAUCAUAAUCGACACUGGUGCUUCUCAUCAUAUGACAGGGAAUCUAUCACUUUUAAGUGAUGUCUCAGACGUCCUACCCUCUUCGGUCAAGUUCCCAGAUGGUCGUUUUUCACAAGCUCUCAAGAAGGGCACACUUGUGCUCAGCCGUGAUUACAGACCGUUUUACGAAGACCCUGAUUGGAACGGGUGA